CUAUAAAAAAAUGUUUAUGUUUGUAUUUUUAUUUGACAGCUGAUAAUUGACUUUUAACGACAGUUGCAUUUAAGAGCCAAGUGUACAACAAUUAAUAUUUUAUCUGAUAUUGACCUCAGCUGAACCAUAAGAAUAGAGCCGUCAUGCCUCUUUCACCAAGGAAACAAGCUAGGCAAUCAGCAGCAGAUGGUGUGAUGGGACAACCUUUGUGUGAAGAAAUAGAUAAUAUCAGUAUGUCAUUGGUAGCCAAAAACUAUUGCUCCAAAGUUAUGAAAGGCUUACAAGACCUCAGGAAAGGUGGUAUAUUAUGUGAUUAUGCCCUGUAUGCUGAUGGAACAAGAAUUAAUGUUCAUAAAGCUGUGAUGGCUGCCUGCAGUGAUUACUUUCAAGUUAUGCUGACAGGUAAUAUGAGAGAAAGCAGAGAAGACAGUGUGGAUUUGAAAGGCAUUUCAGGAUGUGGUUUAGAGAUUAUAGUAGACUUUGCAUACACUGGUAUAUUGGAAUUAAAUUCUGACAAUGUUGAAGAAGUUCUAGCAGCAGCAACACACUUACAGAUAAAUGAUGCUGUAACUCUUUGCAGCAAAUAUUUAGAGUCUUCUAUUACUGUUGGAAAUUGUGUGGACAUUUUGAAUCUUGCUGAACUUUACAGUCUUUCAAUACUGCAUUCAAUUGCAAAGAAGUUUAUUUUAAGUAACUUUGAAACUGUAGCUGACACUGAACAAUAUUAUACACUGUCCACAACACAGCUUUCAUCAUUGUUACAGGAAAACAGCCUUAAUAUCAUGUCAGAAUAUUGUCUAUUUCAAAUGCUAUUGAAGUGGAUAGCACACAGUCCGUUAGAAAGGGAAGGUUGUGUAGCUUUAUUGAUGAGAAAUAUUAGACUGCCAUUAUUGUCAGGAGAGGAAUUGGUAGAAAAGGUUAGUCUGGUGCCAGUCAUGCAACAGAAUCGAGAAUGUUCUCUAUUACUGACAGAGGCUAAAGACUAUCAUAUUGUUGUCGGUAAACAAUCAAUGCUGCAAACUCAAAGAACACAAGUCCGUUCAGAUAUGAAAUCUAUUGUCAUGUGCCAUGCUCAAAAUCUUGAACAUUAUACAUUAAAAACAAAGAGGCGUGAUUAUCUGAGAGAUACUAUAGUACCCUUGUAUAAUCCUGCAGUUGUUGUUGUUGAUAAUUUCAUGUAUACUUGUGGUGGAAAAUAUGAUAGUAGUCAAAAUGAAAUUGCUACAGCUAGAUGUUUUCGAUAUGAUGCUCGUUUUGAUAGGUGGUAUGAUUUGGCAGCAAUGAAUGAACCACGCAAAGAUUUUGUAUUGGUUGCAGUUGAUCAUAAACUCUAUGCAAUAGCUGGUCAAGAUGAAAAUAAGGUCAUGUACACAAUGGAAUGCUUUGAUAUUGCUAGGAAUGAAUGGGAAUUUAAAUGUCCACUUGACAGACAUUUAUAUGGACAUGCUGGUGCAGUUUGCCUUGGGAAAAUAUAUGUUUCAGGAGGACAGACAUUGACAGGAAGCACCAAAAAAUUUCUAUGCUAUGACCCACAGUUAGACAAUUGGGAAGAAAGAUCACCCAUGUUACAGAUGAGAAUGAACCAUUCAAUGGCAGAAGUACAAAACAAUUUAUAUGUAAUAGGUGGCAAUGUUGAAGACAAUUAUGGCUUCCCUGUACCUGUGAUUGCUAUUGAGAGGUACUGUCCAGUUGUCAAUCAAUGGACACUGUGUCAAAGAAGUCUAAACAUUAGGGAAGCUGGUGUGUGUGUCAUUGACCACAAGAUUUAUGUUGUUGGUGGUAUCAAUGGAGAACAUUAUCUGUCUACAUUAAUACAGCUGUACGAUCCAUUGAAAGAUGAAAUUGACAUUGUCGAAAGUUUCACUUCAAGAAUUUAUGGAAGAUCUUGUGCUGUGCUUGGUUUACCUAGAUGUUUCGUGUAAACUUAUAUCACAAGCAGAGUCAGAUUCAGAUGUUAAGAACUUAUUGAUUGAAACAAAUACUUUCUAGUCACAGUCACAUUGUUAUACUACAUUGAAAACUGUUAAUCUUAGAGUCUUUGUUAAAAUUUCCUGAUCAGCUUUAUUUCAUUUUUUAACUUGAUAUUUACAUAUGCAUAUAUACAGAUAAAUUUAUGUUCAGAGCAUUGGACUGAGAUCACUUAGGCUAUAUGUUAAUAAGAUAAAUGGUCGGUAUCCACUAUAAGCAGGGCUUCAUAGAUGCAAUUUCCUUUUUGUAGAGGAAACACUAAUUUUGAUAAGUGAUUUCCCUUUAUUUUGCAUUAUGGUAAAUGCCAAUCUCGGAUUAUAUCUCCCAUGCAUGGGAUAUUGGGUAAAUGCAUUCACUUUAUGAAUUAAAGGUUGUGUGUGGGUUAAAUCAUUUUGCACUUGAAAAAUUAAAAAGUAAAAUCUUUUAUGUGGGAAAGAGUUUUAUAAAAAAAAUACUUGAAAGCCCUAUUAAGAUAGAGGAAAAAUUAAAGCACAUGAAUUGUGAAAUCUAUUCAUGGAUUCUACAUACUAUCCAAGCAAUGAUGAAAAUAAGUUUCUUGUAUUUAUAGGUCAGUUUAGAAAUAAUAAAUAUCUGUUUGUGUACUUACAGAGCUGAUGUGCAUCAUAUUUAUUAAAAACAAUUUAUACAGUUUAUAUCAAUAUUGCCUUUUAUAAGUUAGUUUCUUCAAAGAAAUUAUCAUAUGAGUAAUUUAAUUGUUUACAAUUCUUUGCACAUGUAGCUGUUAUUUCAUUUGGGAUUUUCAAUUAAAUUUUGGAAUAUUAAGAUAAAUAAUUUUUCAAGAAAAAGUUUUUAUAUUAUUUGUCAGAGAAUUAAGAAUUUUUCAUCUUAUUUCAUGAAAUUUAAGGAUUUAAGAUGAAAAUAAGAACAUUUACUGAUACAUGAAUAUGAUUUUUUUUUAGAUCAAUAUUGUGAUAUAAAAAUACACAUGUAUAACAAGAGAAGAAGCAAAAAAUGUUUAUUGUUACAACUCGUAAAAUAGAUUGAUUAACUUUCUGACUGACAUGUUUCUCUAUCAGUUUCGUAAUCAUUUUGAUUUCUAAUCAUUUUUCGAAUCAAGAUUGUUGCUUUCUAAAUAAAGUUAACUCCACCACAUAUUCAUUUGCAUUUUUGAAUUGUUAGUAACCUUGUCAACAACGGUCUUAUGUCAUAUCUGAAUGUUUUUGGUUAUUUCAUGAAUUUACAUUGUAGUAUUGAUGGUAAAUCUGUGAUAAUUUGAUACUUUCUGUUUAGUGUUUAGUGUUUUAAUGGUUUAUUCACAAUUUUUUAAAGCUAGAGGUUGACGCAUUGUAUAGGUUCAGAAUAGGUCUAGAUAAAGAGAGUACAUGUUUAUUUUACAACAAAAAACAAAAGUAAUUAAUAAAAAAAAUCUGUUGAACUCCAGUAAAUCUUAAGUAAAGGUUAACUAUAUCAUCGGUUUAUGUAAAGCCUUUUAAUUUUCAACUUUUCAAAACUUUUUUAAAUCAUGAUUUAUUUUCCCUUACCUCCUUGUGGUGUAUAUAUUUUCACAGAUAUUCAAACACAAAAACAGUAGGAAAUGUGAAUGGGUCAAAGACGACUUGUGCAUGCGAAGAAAAUAUUUGUUUACAUAUUUAUGGUUUCCUCUUAAACUGUUGGAUAAUUAUGUAGAAUUUUUGAAAACAGUUGUUUAGUAGCUUUAUUUAUUUAUUAAUUUAUAGAUUGACAUUUUGUAAUAUAUUUUGUAUAUGAAUUCAAUUUGUUCCUGUGGAGCAUCUAAUUAUAUUUUGGGCCAGUAGGUAUUUCUAUUGUAAUUUUCUCACAUUGAUUUUGCAAUAUAUAUAUUUUUGGUGAUAAUAUAUGAAUUAAACAUUUUUGUCAAUAUUUAUUUCAAACUUUUUUUUGUCACCUGUUGAUAAGUCAGGAUUUCUUCUUAUGAAUGUAUUCAUCAAACAUGUUGUCAAACUUUAAACUGCCAUAUAAUAUAAGGUAACAAUGCAAGGUUUUCUUAUAUAAAAUUUUGAUAAAGUGUUUUAUUUUUUUCAUUACAUGUAAGAUAGGUUUUAUUAAAUUAACUAGCUACAUGUAUACAAGCUAUCACACAGAAGUUUGUAUGUGAAACUUGAAUCAAAACUUUUCACACAGAUUUUAAGAAUUAUGAGAAUAAUAAAUCUCUGUUUUAUGACAUUGUUUGCAGCAGAGUAAUGUUUCCUGAGCAAGCACUAAACUCUCAAUUUGCCAUUACUUUCAGAUGAAGAAAAAAACCUACUAUAUCUUUCUUUCUACCUCCAGUCUGAAGGAAAAUAUCAACAGAAAAAUAACCAGAUCUCAAGAUGCCCAGACUGAAUGCAAAAUCUCUGUUAAAAUAUUUUCAAGCUUGGCUUUUAGACACUUAAUGUACAUCUUAUUGUACUUCAAUAUAUUUUUUAUAGAAUUUUAAUUUUUUCAUAUGUGUCACAUGCAUCUUCAGAAAAUCAUUAUUUAUAGAUUUCUGUACAUAAAACGUUUUAAAUAACUUGUUUUGUUUUGAAGUUGUUAAUUUUGUAUUUUUUAACCUUACCAGAGUGUCCUCCAUACAGAUAUGACAAGUUACCAUAUUGUGUGUUUUAUUUGCACAGCGUUGUUUAUGUUUUGCUGUUUUUAUCUUUGGGGAAGGCAAUAAAUGAUAGUUUAAUAUUUUCAAUUCAACCAUCUAAGUGACUAAAUGAAAACGUUAUUUUUUAAACUAUGAUUUUGUUAGAAAUUGGCUUUGUUUUCUUCAAUUUUAUUUCAUUUUAUUGCUCCCAUAAUUUCGGUAUUUCAAAAGAAAAACAUUUAAAAGAUUUGUCAUUUUUGCUGUAUGGAACAGUGACGUAGAACCGGUAAUUCAAUUUCAAGUUGAAUCUAAUUAUUUCUCAGUUUUUUUCUGAUGUCAAUAUUGUUCAAAUUGAUUAUCCUAAGUUUUUUCCAGAUGCAUGUAUUUUUAAAUAUUUUUAAUGUGCUUUUCUAAAACUUAAAUUGAUAAUUUAGGUUGAAAUAAAAUAUGUUAUCAUG